AGAAAACCGCGUACACGUCACGCCGUUUUUUUUGUUGUCGGGUUCUUCUAAAAAUCGGUGUGCGGCGUUUUUCUAAAAAGAUAUUUUCCAUUCCAUACUGAUAAGGAAUUCCGGACCAUUUCUUGUUGCCAACAUGACGUCGAAACACGUCGCCUGGGUUGGUAUUUUGCUGGUGCUGCUGGCUUCCUCGUUGCCGGCGUUCGCGGAACCGGGAGAAACGCUGGUGCUGCUGGACAAUCUGGCCAUCAGGGAAACGCACUCGAUCUUCUUCCGGAGUCUGCAGGAGCGCGGAUACAAGCUCACGUUCAAGCUAGCGGACGAUUCGAGCCUGGUCCUGGCCAAAUACGGAGAGUUCCUGUACAGUCACCUGAUCCUGUUUGCCCCGUCCGUCGAGGAGUUCGGUGGUUCGCUGAGCGUAGAAUCGAUUACGGAGUUUAUCGACAACGGAGGCAACGUGCUGGUGGCCGGUAGCACCGCAUCCGGUGAUGCCCUCCGUGAGUUGGCCUCCGAAUGUGGAUUCGAGGUGGACGAAGAACGAGCGGCCGUUAUCGAUCAUCUGAACUAUGACGUGUCCGAUGCCGGUGAUCACACCACGAUUGUCGCGUCACCGGAAAACCUGAUUGAUGCGAGCAUCAUCGUUGGAAAUCGGAAGACGGUGGCCCCGCUACUGUACCGUGGCACCGGACUGCUGGCCGACCGGGAGAAUCCACUCGUACUGCAGCUACUGACGGCGGACAGCAGCGCCUACAGUUACAUUCCAGAUGCUCCCGUCAAGGAGUAUCCGCAUGCGGUCGGUAAGGGUACGCUACUGAUUGCGGCCCUGCAAGCGCGUAACAACGCCCGGGUUGUGUUCUCCGGUUCGCUCUACUUCUUCUCCGAUGAAGCCUUCCUGUCGGGAGUCCAGCGCGUGCAGCCCGGAGGUGCCGGCAAACGGUUCGAGCGCUCGGGUAACCAGGAUGUUGCCACGGCAAUCAGUCGCUGGGUGUUUGGAGAGAACGGUGUGAUCCGGGUGCGCUCCGUCACCCACCAAAAGGAAGGUGAAGCUCAGCCACCAUCGGCGUACACGAUCACGGAUCCGGUGGUUUACACGAUCGAAAUCGAAACCUUGUCUACCGAUGGCAAGUGGAAACCGUUCGAAGCGACCGAUGUGCAGCUCGAGUUCGUGCGGAUCGAUCCGUUCGUACGCACCACGCUCAAACCGGUCGGUGGUGGACGGUAUGAGGCUCGCUUCCGCAUUCCGGAUGUGUACGGUGUUUACCAGUUUAAGGUGAACUAUGAUCGCAUCGGUUACACACAGCUCUACUCGACCACCCAGGUAUCGGUGCGUCCCCUUACCCACACCGAGUACGAGCGGUUCAUCCCGAGCGCCUUCCCGUACUACAUCAGCUCCUUCUCGAUGAUGGUCGGAAUGUUCCUGUUCUCGUUCAUCUUCCUGCACUUCAAGGAUGAAGGCAAACCGACCGUAGCCGGUAAAGCUGCCGGAGGUGAAGGAAAGAAAACGCAGUAACAUAGCGAUUGGUCGCCAAGGAGACCACUGUGGGAGUCUCUUAGCUAGUAAGCAUGAAACGAAAUGGAACUAAGAAAAACAUUCAAAUAAAAUGCUGAAAUUUCUUUUCUCAAUCACUUA